CACAUGAUAGGCGUUCUCUCACAUGACCAAAAUAAACAGAGAAGGAAUAACAGCGAGGAUUUAUUCUUUUCGUCACUAUGCAGAAAGUUAUUUUAGUUGCAAUUUCACUGUACAUUGGAAUAUUAUUUGACAGUACACUAUCUCAAGAUGUACCUCCGUUCACAGAAGAUUGUAGGACAGAUGCUUAUCCACCAAACGAGAAAGAUCGAGUAAAAACAUUUGUGCUGAAUUUAGAUCUCCCACCGAAGGAAAGAUGGUCAAAUUUGGCAAAGGAAAAAGCCCCCGAGUUAAAAGCAAUGAUUCAAAGUAUCAUCGAUUUAGUUGGAUCAGUCGUCAAUGUUACCGAAGCUAUUGCAUUUAUUGACAAAGAGUUUGCCUUGCUUGCAGAUCAGUUACCAGCACCGUAUGGUGAUGAGAUGAAGGGUAUUGCUACUGCAGCGGAUAUUCCUCUUGGACAAGUGGUAUUGUACAAUGUUUUCUAUGAAAUAUUUACUCUAUGUACUUCAAUCAUUGCUGAGGCUCCUAAUGGGACAUUGUAUCAUGCUCGGAACUUGGACUUUGGUCUCUUCCUUGGUUGGGAUACAGAAAAUGACAAAUGGGCACUGACUGAGAAACUUCGUCCACUAAUCAUAAAUGUAGACUACCAGUCAGGGGGUAAGACUGUUGCCCGUGCUGUUCAUUUUACCGGCUACAUCGGCGUUUUAACAGGCGUGAAACCCGGAGUGUUGACAUUGUCUAUGAAUGAGAGAUUCCAGUUGGACGGUGGAUACGUUGGUUUUAUCAAGUGGCUUUUAGGAGACCAUAGUGGCAAAUGGAUGGGAUUCUUCCUACGGGAAACAUUGGUGUCUUCCGCAAGUUAUGAGGCGGCCAAGAGUUCCAUCAUGACUGAGGAACUUCUUGCUCCAGCUUACUUCAUUCUUGGUGGUAACAGUUCAGGCCAAGGCUGUGUCAUCACAAGAUCAAGGGAAACGAUGGACAACCUUGAAGAAUUAAAGAAAACUGAAAGUGGUUGGUUUAUUCUUCAAACCAAUUACGAUAACUGGAAAACCCCUCCGUUCUUUGAUGACCGUCGAACCCCAGCCACAAAGUGCAUGAACAAAAUGACAAAGGAGAAAGCUGGAUUGGCUGGAAUAUACAACGUUCUUUCCACAAAACCAGUAAUGAACCUUUUGACAACGUACACUGCUCUCAUGCAAGUAAAUUCUGGUUAUUUGGAAACUUACAUUCGAGAUUGUCCACAACCAUGCUUUCCCUGGUAAAGGAAGUUGAAUAAAAAAAAUGACACUAAAUUU